GUUUGUUUGGGUUUUAACUAGGCCUAGGGAAUCUAGAUCAAGAUAGAUCUAGUAAAGUUAUUAUUAUCAAACUGUCAGUCUCUCUUCUCCACCUAUAUUGCCGUUAUGAAUUUUAUGCUUUUGUCUCUUAAAUUUCUUAGUUCCGAAAGCUAUAACCAAUAGAAUCUAAAUAGGAUUAGGCUAUGUAUUUUUAAAACUGAUUUUUCUUCGACAGUUUUUAAUUAACAUUUUUAUGAUUAUCGUGCAAGCUCUCUGGUUAUACAGCCGAGGAGGCCGUGUUCAGGGGUGUUAUAUCUUCAUUAUAUAUUGUCUUUUUUCUUGUAUUAAAAUAUGUUUAAUUUGUAACCGUUUAUACACACGAUGUAUUACAGAUCCGGCAGAUAGUUUCAUCGGAAAAUACUGGGUAAAAAUUCUAAGAAUCAGUGCGUUGAUAGCGUUCACUCUGCCAGUGCGGCACACUGGAUCAGUUGUUGUACUAUUAAAUAUGUGAACACAAUAAAAUGCUAGUAAAGAAGGAUACUACAAUUUGGGGGACAUUUUUUUCGUUAUGUAUAUAUGUAAACCUAACAACAAAUCUAACCUUUAACUCUAUUAACACGUAAGGAGAAUAGCCGUCUUGCCUUCAAGUGGUUGAUAAAUCGUGUGGGAAAAACCUGGUAGUCUUCGUUGUGAUGGUGAUGUCAACAGUCUCGCAAUGGCUUCCCUGUGGGAACAGAAAUGCCAACCAUGGCUAAGUGAGGAUGGGUCAAUAUACAGCAAGACAGAUACAGCCCCAGCACCAUCAAAAGAUUUUGUACAAAUCUAUAUCACCCCAAAUGAGAUCUAUUUUCGACAAUGGAAAAUCAUUCCUCCUACCAGAGCUGAUGCAAAUCAACAACCAGUGGAAAUGAAAUGUACUUAUGAAGAAUUUCCUGAUGAUGACGGGUUGAGAGAAUCUAUUUCUCGGAACUUGGGGGAAAGAGAAGUUUCUUACGUGGAUCGACUGAUUGCUGGUCAAAUCGAUUAUCCAAACCGCCUUCCACGGAAAAUCCUCCUGCGAAUCAUGUUCAAUCUGGAUUUGACGUCCAUUGCCAAGUUAAGUCAAGUAAACAAACAGUUCAGAGAGCUGGGCGGCUGCGACGCGCUGUGGUCCAAGAUCUACAUGGAGCACACGACACAGCCCGUCACGCAGGAGCUGCUCAUGCUCACCGACCAGAAGGGCUGGAAGGAAGUCUUCUUCAUGAACAAGCUACAGCUGCAGAGGAAUUUGAGACGUCAGGACCCCAAGCCUCCCAAGGAAAAAAGGUUCACUUUUGGGGAGAAGUUUGGGAAGGGUGGUAGCAGCAGUAGACUCCCAGAAAAGCCUUCAUGAUGUAGCGCUACUAACCUAGAGCCUCUGCCUUGUUUUGUUAGACCUUUCGUCUCGCUUACCCUGCCAAAUACCCUAACUUUACUACCGUAUGUGCUCUGUGAAGAAAAAACUUGUUUUCCAUUCUUUCACUUGGGUUUUUUGGGGGGGUUUUUAAAAUAAAGUCUUUACCAGAAA